AUGACGACAGAGAAAGAAAUCACUUGGCAGGAACGUUCCCACGCUAAACGGCAUGCUAUUCUGAGCGCUAUUCCCAAGAAGUGGAGAAUUACAGGUCCCAUACCCUCUGCGGUCGACCUGCGAGAUUGUACAGAGUCAUACAUCCAACAAUAUCUGUCUCCACGGGAGAUCGAAAUCACAGAGGCUGACGCUGUGCUUAUCACCCAAUAUACCACCGUGGGCUCAUGGAGUGCAGUGGAGGUGACCGAGGCAUUUUGUCACAGAGCAGCUAUUGCGCACCAACUUGUGAACUGUCUCCAUGAGAUAUUCUUCGACAUAGCAGUUGCCGCAGCCACCGCACUUGACGCAUAUUUCGCGGAGCACCAAAAGCCUGUUGGUCCCUUGCAUGGGCUUCCAGUCAGUCUCAAGGAUCAGUUUCAUAUCAAGGGAGUUGAAACAACCAUGGGUUAUGUUGGAUGGAUUGGCACCUUUGAAGGCAAUAAAGGUGACACGCGUGCACGCACCUUCGAGAGUGAACUGGUCAGAGAACUCCGGAAUCUUGGAGCAGUACUGUUUUGCAAAACCAGCGUACCAACAACAUUGAUGUCAGGCGAGACUGCAAACAAUAUUAUCGGAUACACCUGGAAUCCCAAGAAUCGCCAUCUUUCCUGCGGAGGAAGCUCCGGGGGCGAGGCUGCGCUACUUGCGCUUCGAGGAUCGCCUGCUGGCUUCGGUACAGACAUUGGAGGCAGUAUCCGAGUACCUGCCGCCUUCAACGGAAUAUUUGGCCUGCGUCCUUCCACUGGGAGACUGCCCUAUGAAGGCACGGCAAACUCCAUGGAUGGCCAGAGCACCAUCCUGUCUGUGGUCGGCCCAAUGGCCACAACCGCUCGCUCACUGAAGUUACUUGUCAAAGCCAUUCUGGAGCAAAGUCCUUGGAAUCAUGACCCGCUUGUUCAUGAGCUACCAUGGCGGAACUCGGUCGAGAGACAAAUCCAAGAACGCAUUGGUGGAGACCCUUCUGCACUCUCUUUUGGUAUCAUGCACCAUGAUGGUGUGGUGCAACCCCAGCCUCCGGUUCAAAGGGCUAUAAGGUUAAUGGAAGAGAUGUUGAGGAGCCAGGGCCAUCAAAUCAUCGAUUGGCGUCCACCUCCUCACAAAAUUGCCCACGUGAUCGCAGAAGAGACGUUCCAGAUGGAUGGCGGAGCAGAUGUGCAUGCCCAUCUCGCUUUAUCAGGCGAGCCACAACCUCCACAGUGCUUUGUGGCCGAAACAACAUACCUGAAAGCGGUAGAAAUAGCAAAUCUCAAUAUUAGGAAGCGUCAGUAUCAAAAGUCAUAUCUAGAUUAUUGGCAUUCAACCUCCAGCUUGACGAGAAGCGGACGCCCCGUGGAUGCUGUCGUCUGUCCCACCGCACCUCACGCAGCUGUCAUUCCAGGCCGAUACCGCCACGUGGGAUAUACGAGUUUCGUGAAUGUUUUGGAUCUCACGAGUGCGGUUAUCCCUAUAAUACACGCGAGCAAGGAUCUCGACCAGCUUGAGCAUGCUGACUUGGGUCAACAUGCUGAAUACGACGCAUCGCUUUAUGAUGGUGCACCGGUGGGGAUCCAACUUAUUGGCCGACGUUUAGAGGAAGAGAAGAUUCUUACUCUUGCAGAGUAUGUCCACGACUCCUGGGUCGAGCUAUCAUCCUCAGCUCCCAACACAUCAUAG